AUUUUGGGGGUUAAAUUUGUUGGACUAUGAUUGAAACGUGAAAUGUGAGUUUGUUUAAUUUGUAUUCAAUUCAGCUACUGAUCACACUACAGUUCCUGGCGAAAGGUGAAUUUUACAGCGAGGGCGGGCUAAUACAUGGUGUCUCAAAGAGUUCUGUAUGUCGAUGCAUAUGGCAAGUUAUCGAAGCACUUGAUGCAAAGCUGAAUAACAUCAAUUUCCCCAGAACUGCUGCGUCUCUGGCAACAAUGAAAAGAAAGUUCUUCAAUAUCGCAAGGAUUCCGAAUUGUAUUGGUGCGAUUGACGGCACACUCAUCCCAAUUCUGGCACCAAAAGUUAGAGAAGACAUUUUUGUGUGUCGAAAAGGGUAUCACGCAAUAAAUGUACAAGCAGUUGUGGAUCCAGACAUGCGGUUCGUGGAUGUAGUUGCUCAAUGGCCGGGUUCAACCCAUGACAGUACCAUGUUUGAAAGUUGUGGAUUGAAGGCCUGGUUAGAGACAGGAAACCAUGGUUGGCUCGUUGGAGAUUCUGGAUAUGCCUUGAAGCCAUAUCUGGUCACACCCAAGAUUAGACCAUCAACAAGACAAGAAAAUGCCUUCAACACCGCACACAGCAGAACCAGAAUGGUGGUUGAAAGAGCAUUUGGUUUGCUUAAAUCUCGUUUCAGAUGCCUUCACAAAACUGGUGGAUUUCUGCAGAUAACACCUGAGAGAGCUGCGAAAGUGUUUGUUGUUUGUGCCAAACUGCACAACCUGUGCAUAGACAAUGGUAUCGACUUUGAUGGCCAAGUAGAUCAACAUCCAGAUAUGGACGGUCAACCGUACCAGGGGAAUGUGGAACCCAAUGCACAGAGAACUAGAGACGCUUUAAUUAAUAGGUUCUAAGAAUGUUUUUCUGACCAUAUAAGAUGCAUGUUUCUGUCUUUUAUUGUAUUAUGAAAAACAUCUAGACUUUUCAAAUUGAAUGAAGUUAGAAAUUCUUCAGGAAAACUUUGAAAAGUUCAGUGUGUUUCAUUGUCCAAUGGAAGAUAAAAACAGACAUUUUAUUUUACCCCCCCCCCACCCCGACAACAAAGUUGUAAGUGGGGGAGGGGUAUACUGGUUUCAGGUUGUCUGUCUGUCCGUCCGUCUGUCUGUCCGUAGACACAAUCUUGUGCGCACCAUCUCUCCUCAUCCCCUUGACACAAUUUAAUGAAACUUCAAACAAGUCAUCAGUAGCGACAGUAGUAGUGCAUGGGGCAUGUUAGGUUCUUUCAGAGAAAAAAAUUGCAGAGUUUUUUGUUACUAUACUAUAUACAUAGACACAAUCUUGUGCGCACCAUCUCUCCUCAUCCCCUUGACACAAUUUAAUGAAACUUCACACAAGUCAUCAGUAACAACAGCAGUUGUGCAUGGGACAUAUUAGGUUCUUUCAGAAAAAAAAAUUUGCAGAGUUACGGGACUUUGUUUUUCGUUACUAUACUAUAUACAUAGACACAAUCUUGUGCGCAUCAUCUCUCCUUAUCCCCUCGACACAAUUUAAUUAAACUUCACGGAAGUGAUCAGUAACAACAGUAGUUGUGCAUGGGGUAUGUUAGGUUCUUUCAACAACAAAAAUUGCAGAGUUAUGGGACUUUGUUUCUUGUUAAAAUACGAUGUACAUACAGUCUGCAUAUGCAAUCUUGUGCGCGCCUAAUCUUCCGAACCCUUGCACACAAUUAAUUGAAACUUCACACAAGUGAUCAGUACCAACCCUAGUUGUGCAUGGUGCAUGUUACGUUCUUUUAGAUAAAUAUUCUGCAUAGUUAUGAGACUUUGUUUUUUGUUACUAUACUGUAUACAUACAGUCUAUAUACAUACAGUCCACAUAAUUAUGCAAUCUUGUGUGUGUCAAAUAGGUCUAGGCACUUCGGAAUUAUGGCCCUUGAAUUACCGAAAGGCAGCCUUUUUACUAUUGUCGGUUCUCUGUGUCGAACAAUUUUCAUCAGAUAUUCACCAAACUUUAACAAAUUGUUUUUGUCAAUAAGUCCUAGGCCAGGAUCAAUAACUAGCCAAAUCGGCAAGAAACUUUGGAAUUAUGGCCUUUGAAUAACUGGAAGGCAGUCUUUUUACUCUUGGUCCGAGAGCUCACGGACUUUUAUUGCAACAAUUGAGGCCAAAAGAAGUUUAUACAUUUUUGGAAACACUAUUUCAUAUCCUCCAUGAAAACCCAUUUCUUAAGUGUCAAAGCCGUGCCUAUCUAUAUUUUGUUCGCUUAUGUUUGUG